AUGAAGUCGCAAUGGAUACAGACGCGACUCAACCUGUGGAAGCCGCGAUGCGCAGCUGAUCCUCCCGCAGUGGAUGUAACCAACCACGAUGGUCACCGCCGAGUCCUGACUUCUAAACCCCAAGCAGGGCACUAUGUGAACACUUGCUGGAGAUACAGACAAAGGAAGAUCUCUAAAACGAAAACCGAGCGGAGUGAGUGAUUUCUUCUCGGUUUGGACCUGCUGACCAUCAGAGGGACGCUCAGCCAACCUGCAGACCCCACACCAUCAAUUAUGUUAUUGUCAAGUGUUCUCAUCUUCACCUUUUCUCACUGUCUGGCGCCGCUGUUCUUCUGUUACCUGCCCGAAGUGUCCGCUCAGAGGCCCGGUUCACGGUGGCUGAUUGGAGACAGAGACAGCCAGUGUGGGGUCAUCUGCUCACGGACACAGGGGAAGCCAGUGUGCGGCUCGGAUGGGCGGAGCUAUGAGAACAGCUGUGAACUGCAGAGGGCGCGUUGCAAAGAUAAGACACUGACGCAGGCGCACCGCGGCCGGUGUCGAGGUAAAAACUGGGGGAAAAUCGGUCAGUUGCCGGUGCCUUCAGCACCAACCUCCACGUCUGAAGGGAGAGACCACGAGCUCAAAGAUGCAGGUCAGUCCAAGUGUCGUGUUGAUAGGAACCAGGCGCUGGACCAAGACAGAAGACCUCAGGAGUCCAUAUUUAUCCCAGAAUGCAAUGAGGAUGGAACAUACGCCCAGGUCCAGUGCCAUGCUCUGACACGUUACUGCUGGUGCGUCACCAGUGAUGGGAAACCAGUGAUCGGCUCCUCUGUGCACAACAGGACCCCGAUGUGUUCAGGGUCAGUAACCGACAGACCACCUGGGCCACCGAACUCUGGCAGAAAAGUCUCUUUUCGUUUCUUUCUGACUCUCAACCCAGAUGACGGCUCCAAGCCCACACCCACCAUGGAGACUCCCGUUCCCCCUGAGGGUGAUGAGAUAACUGCGCCAACGCUGUGGUUCAAACAGCUGGUUUAUAAGGAGAAUAAGCAGAACAGCUCCACUUCCAGGAAGCAAGAGAAAGUUCCCUCUUGUGACCAAGAGAGACAGAGCACCUUGGAAGAGGCUCGGCAGAACCCUCGCGAAGCCAUUUUCAUCCCUGAGUGUGGGCCUGGAGGCCUUUACAAACCAGUCCAGUGCCAUCAGUCAACAGGCUACUGCUGGUGUGUUCUGGUGGACACAGGACGGCCCAUUCCUGGAACCUCCACCAGGUACCAGAUGCCGGAGUGUGAUGGAGCUGCACGAUCUCGCAUCACAGACACAGAAGAUCCCUUCCAAGGCAGAGAACUGACAGGCUGCCCAGAGGGAAAGAAAGUGGAAUUCAUUACAAGCUUGUUAGAUGCCCUCACCACUGACAUGGUCGUAGCCAUAACCUCACAAGCCCCCUCUGGUGGUGGGAGGUUUGUUGAGCCUGACCCCAGUCACACUUUAGAGGAGAGGGUGGUGCACUGGUACUUUGCCCAGCUGGAUAGCAACGGAAGCAAUGACAUCAACAAGAAGGAGCUAAAACCUUUCAAGAAGUACCUGAAGAAGAAAGCCAAACCCAAGAAAUGUGCACGCAAGUUCACCGACUACUGUGACCUGAAUAAGGACAGGGCCAUUUCCCUGCAAGAGCUGAAAGGCUGCCUGGGCGUCAGCAAGGAAGGUAGCUCAAUGACAAGUGGAAAUCAAGGGACAAGGCAAGGGACAAAUUUGUACCUAGGUCGUCUGGUGUGAGAAGACAAGGACGCAGAAGCUGAGACGAGAGCAGAGGGCACAUAGGGAAGGCAUCUGUACGCUUGCUGACAGGAAAGAGAAAGAUGGAGCAGAAAAAUUAAGAAGUUCCUGAGUUUAGAACAAGAAAAGAAAUGAAGCAACGCCAAAAUAUUUGCACUUUCUCCUCCCGGUGUUUGACAUGUUAUCUGUUUAUAAGUGUUUUUUGUGUAUUUCUCUCUUUGGGGACUGAAAAGACAUAUUUGUCGAGAGAUGACAGGCACAUUUUCCUUUGUGUUCAGUCACUGCUGUGAUUUGUUCUGUUCUUAUAUAACUACAGGCACAAUCGCUCACAUUUUCUGGCCAUUAAAUGAGACUUGCAUGCCCGCUAGUAGCAUGCAUGUUGUCAGGCCAGUGGCAACCUGCUAACGAGAAGCUUGCAGUACAUCGAAUUGCAUUCAGCGUUGCACGAUUCUUGAUACACACACUUUUAAAGGAAGAACUAUGGCAACACAGAACAAUUCAGAUUACUUGGUAAAGCUGCAUGUGAACAUGUAAUAUUAAGUGAACAUAUUAGAAUUAAACCGUGACCAUGGAGUCUAAUUUAUCAGCACAGAAUUAGCUGUAGGAAUCCUCUUGCACUGUACAGACAUUUUAUAGAAACAUUAAUAUUUUGGAUGAAGAAUCAGAUGUUUGUGAACGAAGUCUGACAUGAUGCAUCUGGUUUUUGUUCAGGAUAUACCGAUGUUGGGGAAAACUAGCUGUGAUUAAGUAACUACAUUACUUAAAAGUACUUCUUGUGCAACCCAUAACUACUGCAAGACUAUUGUCUUGUAUGCAGUUUGUAGUUUCCUCAGUUAUCACAUGCCUUAGCAUUUUAUUAUUGUUCUACAUGCUUACAAAAUAUGUGGUAAAAAAUUAAAUUUUAGGGAAAAACUUUUCAAAAAGCAAACUAACAGAUUGAAAAAUGUCUAAAACACAUUAAUAACAAAGGUGACGUGAGUACUUUUAAAGCCUAUACAUCACCCCAACACUUGUACAGCACAUACACAGUCUUAGCAGUAAACAGGACUCAUGCAGUACUCAGCAAGUGGGGUAUUUCUACAUACCUAUAGUACAUGGAAGUAACAGUACAUUAAUGAAUUUUUGACUGUUAAGGGUGAUAGGAGCACUCCAAAGCUGGAGACACGCAACCUUGAAAUAUUACUGCUUUUUAAAAAGUUGUUCCGGCUGACGUGAGCAACUUUGUCGUCCUACCCCGAGUCCAAUAUUCACUCUCCUUUAGCUCUACUUUGGUUUGGUUUAGCUAAUUGUUCCACUAUGUUCACCAGCUAGUAGGGCUGUCACCUUUUCCAAAAGUCAUGUUUCAAUGACAUUCGAGCGGAAAUUUGUUUGAAUUAAUUAGAAUGUGCACCCCCCACCCUCACCCCAAACUGCCCAAAAGAAAAAAUUAUAACUGAUAAUUACCUAUCCAGCAAAAGUACAGCCACUAUGUCGUCACUUUUCAGCCACUUGCCAUCGUACAAAAACCACACUGGUGUUAAAUCUGGUUUUACUUCUUGUAGCAUCCAACUUCUUUUUAGUUUUAACUUUCCUGAAUAAGGCCUGUGUUUGCAACCUAAAGCUGCUGUGGGUAAUGUGUCUGACUGCCUGGCCUUGUGAGAGACUCUUGGCUUGUGCAAUGAGUGCACGGGCAGAGUGUGCACAAGUAGGAAGUUUGGUUAACAGACAGGUAGACCAGCCAAUUGUUUUGCUCAGGCCGAGUAAACUUAGUCAGGCUUUGUUCAGCCCUGCUGCUGCCAUGGAUGAUGGAAUUCUGUCUUUAUGUUGUCAGUGCAUUUAAGGUAUUCACUGACAUUGGGGCAAAAAGAGAAUUUCAAGAAAUGUAACAAAAAAUGUUUCUGAAAUGAAUCACUGACACUACCUUUAAUAAGUUGAUCAGUGAUCAUGAGUUCAUCACCUUCAACUGGUUAACAAACUGAACCCACAUUAACAAAUGUCUGACCCCCUGGUAGUGAUUCUAUUUUUCCAAAACAAAUUACAGUUCAGGAAAUGGCCGACGUGUUCAUAAUAAUACCAGGAAAGUGGUAGCUAAGGCCGACCAGUAAAGGUAAAUAAGCAAGAUGUUUACCAGGACAAGUAUUCAAUUAACAAAAGCUCAUUUCAGCUGUCAUGGUCACAUUUAUCCCUGUUAUCGUAAACAAUAUGUGGCAUUUUCAAAUCCCAGUUCCUAAAAUAAAUAUUUGAUUCUUCCCAGUAAUAUCAGAAUACAAGCCGUGUACUGUAUGUAAACACAUCCAUUGUCUUUCCACCAACAGCUGAUUCUAGUCCUGCUCUGUGAAACACUUCCCACCACACAUACUUGGAGCUUUUCCACUUUAUAUAAGACAGUGGAAUAAGACAGAAUGUCCCCCGGGGUGUUUGAUUAACAGGACAAUGACUGAGCAUGAGGAACAACAUUAGAGAGAGAGAGAGCGAGAGACCUUAUUGUCAAGUUGUGGAUUGUAAAAAGUAAAAUUUCUUCCUCACAUAUGGGAACAAUUGAGUUUAAAAACUGGAGAAUCACAAGUUUGCUGUUGAGGUCUGAAUGCUUGUGCAUUUGUUUUGAGUUGUGUAUUUCUUAGGAUUUUCCCAGGAGUCACUGCAGUGGCUCAUGAACAUGAAACAAAAAAGGCUCCUGUUGUAAAUAUGUACAAUAAUAAUAGUUUGUUUUACUAAAUUCACUGAUGGGCAUAUGGGUGUUUUUUUUUUUAUUUACUGUCAUUCUGUCCUAUUGUACAAGAAACAUUGCAUCACGUUUGUCUUGUCAAACAUUAGGCUGUUACAGUAGCUAAUUAACAACAGUGAAAUGCUUAGACCAAACUGUAUGUUAUCAGUUCUGACCACUGUUUAUUUAAUCUGUGGAGGGGUUAUGUGACUAUUUCAGCUUGUGUUUUACGAUUCCUGUCAUCACCACUACACUCGGUCAAGAAUGUAUACAGUAUCUGGUGCUUAUUCCACGUUGAUCACAAAACCAGUCGUGUUUAAUUUGAAGUGAACAGUCGUGCCAAGACUGAGAACAGAACCCUUUCUUUCUUAGAGGUCUGUGGCGUCUCUGUUGAGUGCCUGCCCCGGUCCUAGUUUGAACACUGGGCUUGUGUGUGUGCUGCUGAAGUGAUUCCAGACGCUGUCAAGCUGCAGAUUACAUGCAAGAUCUAAAACAACCUAACAGGCUAGUAAUCACUGCUAAUCACGGUGGAGGAUGUAUAAUGAAGGAGACUUACAAACGACAGUCUGACAGCGAGAAGCUCUUGCUUCUCUCCACUGUAAACCCCCAACAGGCUAGUGAACAUCUCAACAUGUUCUGACAAUAUCUCUCAUUCAUAGCCAAAGAAAGAUCUGUUGGGGGGGAAAAACACUGAGGUGUGUCGUCUUUGGGUGAAACUGGCCAAAGUAAAUUAAGGUAUAGCUGCCUCUGCAAUGAAAACUGACGUGCCUCUCCACUGUAACACCGGCCUUAAUUCCUGAGAAACUUAAACCUGUGGCGCAGAAGGAAAAAGGAGUCUUGGAAUCGACAGUGAUAAAAUGUUGGAGUUUAUGAAGUGCAUCUUGGCAUGCAGCAGUAGCUUUCACCUGGGUUGUAUCAAUCUUUUGAGCUGUUCCCACCUGAAGUGUGAUGUAAAUUUAAAGCAGCUGUAAUGAGAAAAAGCUCUAUAUAAUGCCUUACAUUCUGAACAACUGAAAAACAAACCAAAUCACUUAACACCUCAGCACCUGUGAAAGUAUUUUUAAAGCGUGUUAAUCAUAAAACAGAUUUUUUUUAAACCACCAUAAUUGCACAUGCAUAAAACAAAAAUGAAUGGCAACAACAUGAAACUGAUCCUGAUGCUGUUUUAUAUCACAUCUAUUCAAACUAUGCUCAGUCUGGACCUCUUGCAGAGGGAAAGCAUUAAGAGCUGGAACAGAAGUCCAGCUCUCUGAGGGGAAGAAGAAUACUGGCCCCUGCUGGUGAAGAUGUGCCACUGCAGGCUGCAAGCUCACCCUUGUUAGCCAGGUCUACACGUGCACACACUGUACUAACAGCAUCAGUCAAUCCGAUUGAAUUUCAUGGACUUGCAAUAAAUAUUUUUUAAAGUUAUGUCUUGAAAUGCUCUUAAUUUCACCGAGUGCUCAUGCCACUGUGACGCGUAUGUUUUAAUCAUGUUUGGUAAAAAAAAAAUUACAAUAAAUUGGCAGAUAUCAUUAUUAACAAUGACUAAAAUUGGACUCUGUAGUCGCUGUAUAUAAAUAAAUUCUCCAUUGAAUGU